CGCAGCGCAGGCUCGGCCACUCCAGUCCAAAACCAAAACCCUCGCCGCGAACCGACGAGGCCACGAGGGAGAGAGGUGAGGCGAAGAACUCAGUUCGCGAUCAGGGUUCGGUCCCCGUGGAGGUGAUUGGGGAAGAAGCUGCAUUUUGUCGCUAGAUCUGGCUCGUGCUUGCCCAGCUUCGUCUUGGGAGAGCUCGAAGAGCACCGGCAAAGGACUGAAGGAGGAUAUGUCAAGACCAAAGAAGCAAACUGCUCUACAGGGAAGGAGCAAGUCUGACUCUAAUAUUGUGCCGGACACACCUAGGAUUUUGGAUCAUAAUGGAAGGCCUAGCGCAGGCCCCGAUAUAUCAAAUUUCGCCAAUCCAGUGAAUUUCUCAGUACUGAACCUUGAUCUUAAGAAUCUAGCUGAUCUGCAGCAGAAUAUGAAGGACUGCAUUGGCUCGCAUAGGUUCUGGACGUAUGCCAAUACUGACAAAAUAUACAAAUCUCCACAUGGAUCAAUGUCAUGGCAAGUUCCAAAAUCUGGGACCUAUUUUCAGUAUGUGAAGUACAGAAAUAACUGGAUGUGCUUAGUUGGAAUAGCAUCUCAAAGCUGGUUGAAGGGGGUCAUCACGAAGAAACAUGUCGCCGAGUUUCAAGAUUCUCAAUCUGAUGAUAAAAAGGCGACCUACAUCCUGACAGACCGUCCAAAGGCUGUACUAAAAUCUAAAGGAAAUUAUAUGCCAGGUGUAGAAAAAACAAAGCUUGGCCCGUGGUGGCUUAGGCGGUCAUUUGAUUCUGUAUAUAACGUUGUUACUGAUGAAAGUGGGGAUCACGGAGACAUUGAUGAAGCCUUUACCAUAUUUGUUGUUCAUCUUUGGGACACUGUCCGGAAUGAUGAAGUAAAGGAUCUUGUCUUGGGUAGCUAUGACCCCUCGGUCCUUGCCACAAAUUACCUAGGGACUGGCCCUGUUGGACUUAUGAAAAAAUGGCAAAGGUGUUCUACACGAGCAAUCAACUCCAUUGAGAAAAAUGAACCUUACCAAAUCCAGCAUGAUACUAGUCCGACCUCAGCUUCUGAGCUGCUUCAGGUUGUAAGGGUUCUUUACCGAGGUGAUCAAGAUUGUACACCAGUCAAUGAUGAUUCGAUGCCAAUUAAGUUGAAUGGUGUGGAUGAGCUUAGGCACGGGGACCAGGAAGGAGAAGAUCCAGCUCCCGACAGAGACAUGCAUGCAAGUGGCUCCAGCUCUUCUACUCCAAAAUAUCCCAACUGGGUUCUUGAUAGCUCAUCGGCGUUCAACGAACAGCAACAACAACAACAUCAUGACCAAGGACAAAUAAGUUAUGCCUGGGCGAGCAAGAUGGCCUCGACUGUUGCUGUUGAAGAUGUUAGUUAUAUCAGGGCCAAUGACACGUCUUGUAGCACUGGUGGCUUCUUUACUGAGGAAAGGACAGAAAAUACCGAUCUGAAAAGAACUGAAAGGUUGCCCCCUCUUCCAUUUUUUGGACAUUUAAAGGAAGUGCAGCUGCACAGUGAUGAACUUAAAGAACAUAUCAAGCACCAAUGUGCUAAUCAUGUGAAAUACACUGCUUAUGGUGGCUCUAGCAGAGAAUUUGAUGGUGGUUUUACCAUAGCUAGGUCAGCAAAAGAGCCUAUUGCCUGGAGGGCCAAAAGCUUGGUUGGGAGCCAUGUAGCUUUCUGCUUAAUGGAAAACUUCACUGAUCUGCAAAAUACUGGUACCAACGUGCUAAUACUCUCAGCUCUCUCACUUGAUCACGUGAGAGAAUUUAUUCUUGUUGAGGCCAAGAAGCCCUGUGAUGUUGCAGAGGCCAAGAGCAAGAGAGUGACUGACGGACCAGCAAAAUGGUAUCCCCCGCAGCUGCAAAAUACUGUUGCUGUCGCACUGGUGGAGAGUGGGAAGAGGCUGCGUCUGGCGAGUUCCGCUAUGGCGGUAGCAGUUGGGGAACUUGCAGGUGAAGCAGAAACAUGGGCAGUGGUUACAGAUACAGGAAGGACAGAAAUGAGAAGAUGGCCAUUCAAUCAAGAUGGAUGCAGUUGCUGGCCUGAAGCUGCUGAUUGCGAUGCAAAGAGGAAAGAAAGCACCCAAGGAGAGGAAGCUUUCACAGCUGGGGGAGUGGAGGCGACGAUGAACCAUCUGGUGGAGAUGAUCAGGCAGGAAGGGAAGGUGGACACAGCGAAUGCAGUGAACUCAGCAGUGGCGCUAAAUAAGUCCACCAUGUGGGGUCUUCUCCUGGCAAUGCGAAGACUGGAGCUGGAUCUCGUCGCCAUGAAGACGAACAUGAACUUGCGGUUUGGUCACGGAGAAUCCACGGAGUGGAUCAGAAGCUGGUGAUCCUGAGAGAGAAAGUAUGAAAGCGCAAGUAGAAAGUAUGAAAAACUCGAUACUCACUCCACACUUGUCUGCUGCUCCAGAUAUGCCGGCGUCUCGGCCAUGCUGCUCGAACUCAUGAACCACUCGCUACUGGUAAAACGAGUCACCGAUCUUCUGGUACUGUCGGUAAUAGCCUACUCCUACCUGAUUUGUUCUAUCGCGCAGAUCCAAGGAGCGAAUUAAGCUGCGCAUGUGUGUGUGUGUGUGUGUGUGUGUGUGUGUGUGUGUGUGUGUGUGUGUGUGUGAUGCCCAAUUCAUCAAUGUGAUUGCAGAAUGAUAUGUCAUAUGUGUGUAUGCAUUUUAUUCCGUGGGAAGAAUGAGAUGAUUAUGGUUGCAAUAGUAGGCUAGCC